AUGGACGCCAAGGUGCCAUCACUCCCUUCCGCCGCUCCGGCCGCUGCCUCAAGCGACAACGCCUCGCGCCCCAAGCCCUGCUGCGUUUGCAAGGACGAAAAGGCCAAGCGCGACGAGUGCAUGCUCUUCUCCAACGCCAAGGACCCCCAGGCCGACUGCCAGUCGCUUGUCGCGCAGUACAAGACCUGCAUGCUCGGCUUCGGAUACAAGGUCUAA